CAGGAGCUGGACAUCUUAAGGUGGUUCUGGAGAUCAAGACCAAGCAGCUUCACCAACAGGACAAGAAGCUCAUGCAGAUGGACAAGCUGAUGGAGAGCAACGUGAAGCUGAGGAGCGUCUGAACAAAGUCCAGCAGGAGAACGAAGACUACAGGGCCCGCAUGGACAAACACCACCGCACUCUCCAAGCAGUUGUCAGUGAGCAGGCCAUGCUGCAGCAGACCCUGCAGAAGGAGUCCAAGGUCAACAAGCGUCUCUCCAUGGAGAAUGAGGAGCUGCUGUGGAAGCUGCACAAUGAGAGACCUGGCCAGCCCCCGCCGCCUCUCGCCCUCUCGCCCUUCCACUCGCCCGGCAACUCGCCUCCUUCCCCCGCCGCAGCCCCACUCUCGCCCACCAGAUAACCCAAACUGGACACCAAGGGGAGAGAGAAAGAAGUGAGUGUGUGUGUGGGGGAGAGAAAGUGUGUGUGGGAGAGUGUGUUUGUUGAAUAUCCCCUCCAACACACCCUAAAGACAACCCCCUCUACAGUCCCUUACCUCCUACCCCCCAGAUCACCAACCCCAGCCUCUCAAGGAGACCAAGCUAUUCCAAAUACGGAUGGACACUUCAUAUGAUGACGCUGCAGUUUUGGUUUCUGCCCACAAUGACUUGUUACAGAUGUUUUCUUUGCUCCCAGAAAGAGAAGACAAUGUUGCACAGAUGCACUUAUUUAAAGCGUAGGACAAUUCUGCCUUUUUUUUCUGCCUGAUUUCUCUCACUUUUUUCCCCUCAGCAGAGAGAAAGAACAGGCAACUUAAACCUCAGGGUUUGUACAUAGCUUCUCAGCUCGUUUUGAUUCUCCUUUUAUUUGUGCAUCGUGUUCCCCGUCCUCUAAUAAAGUUUGUGCUUAAAAACCUUG